AUGCAUUCCUCACUGAAGCUUAUGAGCCUCAUGGCCAUACUUCCCUCCACCCUUGCCUGCCUGGGUUACACUGGAGGACUCCCCACCGCAACCUCAACCAAAACUAAUAGUAAAGUAAUCGAAGUAGCCGCCGGUGCCGUCUUCGAUGGUGGUUGGGCGAAAUAUGAUCGUGGCUCUGGUGCAUGCAACAAUCAAGUUGAAGGAGGCGACGCCGACGCCGUCUUCCUCCUCCAUUCCGGCGCCACUCUCUGGAACGUCAUAAUCGGCAAAAACUAA